CUUCAGCAUCUGGACAACCAAUUCUAUGACCACGUAUCUCCUCACCUUGGCAUUCUUGUUCCUGCUUGCCUGGUUCAACCGCUUUCUUGGAGCACUCAAGUUCCAGCUAGAAAAUACGACAAACUCAACCCGCGCGUCUGGACUUCCGGUACCAAUUUUGGGACAACCACCCGCAGCACAUCGAUACAGAAAGAUCUCCAAGGAUCGUGUGAGCCCUCUUCCGCGGUACAUACAAGUCAACGCGAACGAUCCAUUCGAAAGACCAUCACCACCGCCUUCGUCUCCUCCACCGUCGCAUGAAGAUGAGCGGAGCGAGUUAGUACCCAGCAGUACAAGACCGUCGCGCGUCCGGAGGGGAUUCAAGAUACUCUUUGGGGAAUGGACCCCAAGUGGUCCAUGGAGUUGGCAGCAAGAUGGAGGACGAUCACUACUAGAGGGCAUCCGUGCCCUGCUGGGCUAUGUCCUGUGAGUGAGGUCCCAUUGAUGUAAAGUUAUUAUAAACUAAUCAAUAUUCUCAGAAUGCUAGCCGUCAUGACUUUCAACAUAGGCAUCUUUUGCGCAGUACUGGCUGGCAUCGUUGUGGGCGAACUCACUAUGGGGAGAUUUACUCAGCAAUCACUAGGUUGGCAGGACGGAUCAUG